AUGCCGCGCCCCACGGCCGUCCUCCCUGCUGAUCAAGCCGUUGUCGUUGCAGCUCUCCCCCCUCUGUCCCAGGCACGACAGCAUGUGGGCAACCCGUCGCACCACCAUUCCGACUUUCCCGCAUCGUCCUCUGUCCCCUCCGCUCCCUCUCGCGACUCGUCGGUGACACGCGGCCGCGCGCCUACUGUGAGCAGUCAGCGCGGCCCGUCCUCACGCUCGCAAACGCCCGUCGUGGCCAUCUCCCGAGAGCGCCCUAGCCCGGACGCGGGUGUGGAAAGGAAGCUGGAGAGGAAGCCAUCGCAGUCGUACGGUCACCAUCGCAACACUUCCAUCGUCCAUGGAAAACCACACUCGCGGAAUACGAGUUUCGUUAACUCGCCAGGCACCAGUCCUCUGAGUCCGCAGGUCAUAUCCGCCGCCAGUGGCGUAGGCGCGAAUGGCCCCGAUGGCCCCUUCAUGAUGCAGCAGGACGAGCUUGCAGAACUCCCCGCGACCAUCUCUCCGUCGGGCUCGAACAGUGGCGCAAGAUACGGCACCGGCCCGCCAUCGGUGAGCGGUGCCUACAAUGAACAACAGUACCGCGGGGAACCCAGGCGCGUCGAACGCACCGACAGUCUCAGGAUCAAGCAAUCGCAUGUGCGAUCGCAGUCACGGCACCAUCAUGGCCGCACUGUGGGCGAGCUUGCCCUGCACCACCUGUUCAACGCGUUUGUUGGGCAGGCAGACCAGAAAAUUAACCAAUGCGUCACUGAUGUUCAGGGUGCGGAACCGCGAGUGGAGGCCAUAUGCGGCCCCGGUGUUGACCCAGCCUUCGACCAGUUGAUUUCCGCACUUGGACAUAUCGCGCGCGAAAAGCCGAAGCCUUUGAUAGAUACCUUGAUGUUCUGGCGCAAAGCGAAGAGCGAGAAGGCCAGCGACAAGAAGAAGGAAUUCGAUCAGAUGAGGGGAGCAGUGAUGCCACCCGGCGAUCUCACCCAACGACGACCAGGAGAACCCCAGGCAUACACGAGCUUACACGCCCCUACGCAUGCUACGCUAGCUCUACAACGGGAGGUUGUGGAGGCCGAGCGCAAGUCCACGGUCUCCAUAUACCUUCUCUGCCGAGUCUUGAUGGAGAUCAUCGGCCAGAGCAGCUUGGCGCAUGUGACGGAGGAGAUGGCGGAACGACUUGAGGAUAUCAUUUACUCCCAGCUCAAGCAGGCUGAUCCUGAGUCUCUGGACGAGUCGCCUCUCCGGAACGCUAACUGGUCAAUCUUUGGACGACUUCUCGGAGUCAUGAGCGACAUGAAUUUUGACAGCGUGGCGGGACGAUUCAUCGCUGACCUGAAGGAAAUGCAGAAGCACCUCAGCAUCAAAGGGGUCCACAACAGGCCCAUCGAGGGGAAGGCCGUGCUCAUUGUGCGGGGAAUGAAGUCCUUGGGGCUCAAGUACAGCCCGGAAGAUGCUUGGAGUCGCUCCUGCGACCUGAUGCAGAACCUCGCCGAGCUCUUUGCCGAUGUCCACGGGCAGCCCGUCAAGUACGCUUACUGCAACCUUUUCGAGGAGUUACUGUUGCCAAUCGCAGCGAAUGCCACGUCUGAAGUCAACAUCACGAAGUGGAAGCGCUUCCUUGACACCAUCAAGCCAAGAAUCUUACAAAUGCUGAGCAAACCAAAACAUUGGCAGGUCGCCUUCCCCCUCAUGACGGUUUUGACAUGUGUAUCGCCUCAUGAUGCCUUUGCAUCCCAUUGGAUGAGCCUUAUCACGCCGCUAGGACCCAAGCUUAAGGAACGUACAACCAGGCCACAUGCUCUCCGGAACAUAUGCCGACUCGCCUGGGUUUACCUGUAUAGGGUCUCCGAUUCCCACGGAACCACAGUCAGGAAGUUGGAGGAAAUCAUCCGAUUAGUGUUCCAACCUGGAAGGAGGUCGUACCUGUCCACCGAGUCCACCAUUGCAGAGCCCCUCAUCCAGCUCAUUCGGAUUAUUGGCUUCAAAUACCAGGAUCUUUGUUUCAAGAACAUAAUUUUCCCCUUAAUGAACUCUGAUCAGUUCGGAAGCGGCAAGGAUCUAAGAGUCGAAAAUCUGGAGCCAGAGAGGAUGGUUAUAGGAAUAAGGGCAUUCCUUGCCGUCAUGGCCGACUUGGAAAAGGGGGAACAGCCUCCAUUCCCCAUAUCCUUUGCAAAUGACGACCUAUUGUUUCCUCUCGACGCGCCUCUGCAGCCUGUCAGCCCUCGGCCCCCAGCAGGUAUCCGAACGAAGGCGGUAACGGUCAAAGAGGAACGACUGUCUAGACCCGUGGUUGUUGCAGAUUUUCCGGAGAUUGCAAAAGAGUAUUACAACAAGUUUUGCAAGAUCCUUGGCGAGAUUACCAUUAUCUGCGACAAUGCUUUUGGAGGCCAAGCGGUCCUCGAUGAGAAGUUCUCUACGCCGACUCCGAAGACGCCGAUGGCCGAAGCGUUCAGUUUUGGGAGAAGAGACGAUCACCUUGCCCCAACGGAUGCCCGACAGGGCUUCUAUGACCUUCUCCACGUUGCGGUUCAAGCUCUUCCCAGAUGUCUCUCCCCGCACAUCCACUUCAAUCAUCUAAUCAAUCUUCUUUGUACGGGCACUGCGCAUGUUCAAAGUAGCAUAGCGGCCUCGUCGGCACAGUCCUUGAAAUCUAUCGCACGACAAUCCCAUGCACAACAGGUAACCAUUGGGUUCGCGAGGUUUAUUUUCAACUUCGAGGACCGUUACGCCACCAUGUCCGAUGGAGGAAUGCUCGGCGCUGGGCACAUUGAGAGCACCCUGAGGCUCUAUGUAGAGCUGCUUCAAAUAUGGAUCAACGAGAUCAAGCAUAGAAGUCAAAAAGCGUCGAGUGAUCCGGACGGCGAUAAGGCUGCUUCACUUGGUUUCAUGGGAGUCGAUGCGUACGUGGACGAGAUCGAAUCCCACGGCCUAUUCUUCCUCUGCUCGCCAUCUCGAAGGGUCCGGACUUUCGCGGUCACCGUGCUUCGACUUGUGACAGAGUUUGAUACAGCGUUGGGAAGGGAAAGUAGCCGGGUUAUACGCAUCCUAGAAGGGAGCCCUCAGGUCGUCAUGGACGUCAACGACGAAAAACUGUCGGUCGCGGAGAGAAGCCGGCUGCAGAGAGGAAUGCGGAAGAGCAAUCUGCACAGCACCUUGGUGGAGCUUUGCAGCAGCGAUGCACCCUACGACUCGACACUUUGGUUCAAGAUGUUUCCGAAUCUCAUCAAGAUCGCCUUCGAAAUUUGCCCCUUCGCGAUUGCCCACACCAGAAACAAUGUCUGCGGGCGGUUGUUUCAGAUGCAGCACAACAUUGAAAUGCUUGCGCAGGCACCACGGCCGUCGCCAUAUCCCUCAUAUGAAAUGGCCGCCAACAAGUCACGGAUGGUCACUUCCCCGGAGAUGACCAUAGAACAGUGGAAACUUUAUCUCAUCUUCGCCUGCACCACGCUGACCACCGCCAGAGCCCAGCAAGCCACAUCUCAACAAACCACAUCACAUUCGAGAAAGGGAUCUAAGUCUUCUCAAAAGGCCUCCUCAGCCAAUAGAGUCUAUUCGGCGGAUGUACUCUUCGAGCGCGUUGCAGCACUUCUCCAGGCUCCAAACGCUGCAGUCCGAGAAGCAGCUGUCAUCGGACUAGGCUCUAUCAACCAAAACAUCUACAGGACUCUUUUGGAAUCUCUGCAACCACUGGUCGGGAAAUGCAACGAUGAUGCAAAGUCACGCCUUGCAACACAGAUGAUGCAAACAACAAUGCAUCAGCGAACAGUGUCUGCUCCCCGUCGGGAUCGUACGGUGGAUUUCCUCCGGACCGAGAUCACCAACGUUUAUAAGCUGACCUCUCAUUUCCUGGAGGACCCGGAGAUCUAUGGAGAUGACUGGAUACUUAACAAUCUGGUCACCUUCACGAAGGACCUCCGUUUGUUCCUCAACGACCAAGAAGUCCAGAAUGAGUGGAGCUACAGCAAGCUGAGAACACAUUACUGUGGCGUCAUGGAGGCGUUGUUUGAGGGCAUCAACAGAACGAAAGAUCCCAUCCGUUGGAUGCCGUUCCAAGCUCGAAAGGCCGCUUUUGCCCUAAUGGAAGACUGGUGUGGUUAUUCGCCUAAUCAGAACCAGAUUCGACAAAGGGAAGAUUCCAUGCGUCGCUCCCUGCUCGAGCGUGAAUCGGAUCCGGGCAACAAGACAUACGCCACGGCUUCGAUGGAGAUCGAAAAGAAGGAAUUACGCACCGCAGCCCUGAGCGCCAUGGCAACUCUGUGUGCAGGCCCGAUAAGAAUUCAAACGGAAAGCGGCGUCAACCUCCAAUUCGAUGUGAGACGGCUCAUCACAUGGAUUGACUCCAUCUUUGACACCCUCAGCGACAAGUCUCACAGCAUUGGUCGUCGAGCUCUCCGGAACUUGAUCCUGCACAACAAAGAUCAUCCGUAUCUUCUUGAGCGUUCAAUCGAGAUGUGCUACCUGUGCAAGAGUUCAAAGGCCCUUGAGAGUUACUUCGAAGUCGUCACCCAGGUCAUGACUGAGCGGGAAGACUACGUACUGCCGUUUUUCAAAGUCCUCGCAGCGGGGCUCUAUGCUUUGGGCAAUGAAAGUAACCAAAUUCGGAUGAAGUCCGCCCGUAUCCUGCGAAUUCUAGAGGAGCGGCAGCACAAAAACUCAAAACUCCAAGACCUGGACAUCAGUAUCUCAGACAAAACCAUCGCCGUUUACAAAGCUGCGCAGUUCGAGAUGUCUCGGAGGCUUGCCAAACAACAUUCGGAGCUUGCCUUUUUCGUCUUCUCCGAGUUUUCUUACUACUUCAAUCAACUGAAGCCGGACCAGCAACGGAAUUUGGUGGCGGCAAUGCUGCCUUGGGUCCAGAUCAUCGAGCUUCAAGUCGACCCCAAUGGUGGCCCAACCGCGAAUUCGUGGAUGCUUCUUGUGAACCUCCUGGAAAUCACUAUCAAGAAUGGAACCAUACUUCACAACGAAAUCCAAGCCUUGUGGCAGGCAUUGGCCAACGGUCCGCACGCCGGAAACGUCCAAUUAGUUCUCGACUUUAUCAUCUCUCUGUGCUCAGACAAGAGAGAGCAGAACUUCGUGGACUAUGCCAAGCAAAUAGUCGUUUAUCUGUCCAAUACUUUGGCUGGGUCGAAAGUCGUGGAGUUUCUCCUUUUGAAGAUCACGCCAAGAUCCAUGGCCCCAGAGAAACGUGAACCUAUCCAAGUUCCAUCAGAUUGCGCCCUUUUCCCUUAUGUGGCAGACCUUACGACCAUUUUGGCCGCCGGCAGUAAGCAGUCUGGAUUCUCCAUGGGUCAGCUAUGUCUCAUUCUUUUGGUGGACCUGAUGGUGUCGCCUCUUGCCCUAAACAAAGAAAGUGUGCCUUUGUUGCUCCAGGCUGUGUUGGUCUUGUGGGAUCAUUACACACCCGUCGUGCAGGAUCAGGCGCGAGAAAUGCUCGUGCACCUCAUUCAUGAGCUCGUCAUCUCCAAGAUCGACGUUGGGAACACCACUCCGGACAAAGAAUACAUUGAAGAUUUCAUCGAAUCGAUCAGGCAGCACAACCCCAGGGUUGUCUGGUCAUACGAUGAUGCCAAUGGAAAGGUCGAAGAUGAGUCUGACUCUCGAGUCCCCGAGGCGAUGCACAACGUUGCAACGGAGGUGGUGAAGAUCUUCUCGAUUACCUAUCCAGGAAUCCGCGAAGAAUGGGGCAAGACGACUCUCAGCUGGGCCACCAACUGUCCUGUACGACAUCUUGCCUGCCGCUCGUUCCAGCUCUUCCGUUGCAUCUUGAGCUCGCUUGACCAGAACAUGCUUGGAGAUAUGUUGGCGCGACUUUCAAACACGAUUUCGGACGAGGACGAUGAAAUCAUCACCUUCUCCAUGGAGAUCCUUACGACUUUGAAGACGGUGAUUGAGGCGCUGACCAACAGCGAUCUUAUCCAAUACCCGCAGCUCUUCUGGACUGCCUGUGCGUGCUUACAGACGGUUCAUGAAGCCGAGUUCCUGGAGAGCCUGGCUAUACUGGACAAACUUCUCGAUAAGUUGGACCUUGGAGACCCUGCAGUGUUGAAGCUCCUCCGAGAAAACUAUCCCUCUCAGUGGGAUGGCACAUUUGAGGGCCUCGCGGAGCUCGUGUACAAGGGAAUCAGAUCGAGCACUUGCUACGACCGAACGCUGAAGAUUCUCGAGAAGCUUGCUGCUCUUCCUCCAAGCGACUUGAUUGGCCCUGACGAUGUCCUCCUCUUCACCAUACUCGCCAACCUUCCGCGAUAUCUCCGGCUCUUCGAGAAGGAGGGUCGGGACUCGUUGGUGCUGGCAUCGGCAGACAACAUUGCCAAUAUUGCAGACUGCAAGGGUUACAGUGAUGUUGCCGAGGCGCUGCAGUCUCUUGCAGUCAUGAGAUAUCGAACAGACAAGGACUUCCUCACUCAAAUGGUGCCCGCCAUCCGAGAGGCUUUCUUCCCCGAUCACGAUUUCAAGACACUGGUGUUCCUGAUGGGCCUGUUGCUCAACAAAAAUGCGUGGGUCAAGAUCAGAACCAUGCAGUUGCUGUGUUUCAUCAUUCCAGACGUUGAUAUGAAGAAGCCAGAGGUGACUUCGAAGGGUUCAGAUCUCAUAUCGCCGUUGCUCAGGUUGCUGCAGACUGAGUUCUGCCUGCAAGCCCUUCAGGUCUUGGACAAUGUGCUCACAAUCCCCUUGACUGGCGCGUCAACGCCCUUGGAUCGACACCAUCUUCGGAUGAGCAUGGCUGGCUCUCACUCAAGCAAAGCGUUCCGUAAGGAAUACGAGCGUACCCAGAGCCUGUACGGAAUCCCCGAAGAGACUGGAUGGUCUAUUCCCAUGCCGGCCGUACACUCGGUCCUGACCAGACACAAUGUGCAUGCCGUCUUCUACUCCACAGUAGCGACCGAGGCUGCGACAACCGAAGUGUCGACUCCCAAAAUCGAGUUCAGGGCAGAAGAAUAUCCGCCGUCGUUCUCCGGCUCUUAUUUCCCUACCGAUGACAGGACGGCCACGAUGACUUCAGAUGCCACGCGUGGUGAUGGUCAUAUUGGCGACCUGGUCAUGACCUUGGACAGUCUGGAUGAUUUCUUCGACGAGGAGGACGAUUUCAAUGACGCGGGUCACAUGCCGUCGAGUCCGGGCAUGAGCCGCUUCCAGAACGGUGGCCUCCAGAUUCGAGAGCAUCUUUACGAUCAGCAGACGGCACCACUCCUGCAUAAAUCUCUCACUCGCAACGCAAGCGUUAGCUCGUUCCAGACAGGCUUUGCCGACAUGAAGGCCACACCAACCCGCGACCCGGGCGUCAUGACGCCUACCGCCUUCACGUCGCCGGGUGGAGGCUCAGGGCAGGUUCCCAGCCUACCAGUGCCUCGGCCAGGCAUGCACUCGCGCUCAGUGACAUCUCCAGCUCUCAACCAACAACGCACGCCUCCCGGACCUGGGCCCGGGCCGGUGAUUGAUGAGUACGAUGAGACGUUAUCGGAUGACGACCUCACGCUCAGCCGUGCGCCAAGCAGCGAUUACAGACCAAACCAUUCGUUCGACCACCAAGCAAGAGGCCCGUUUGCAAACACACGUGCUGGCAUCCGAUCACACAUGCGGCGUUUGACGGGUGGCGGCGAAAGAGACAAGGAAAAAUCGCGAGACGCGAUGCGAGCGGCGCUUCAAAGGAGCCCGCAAGUACCCAAGGUGCCUGAUGUCUACCUGCACAACCCCAAGUCGGCGGACCCUUGA